AUGACGCUCAUUGUGAGGCUCCUAACCACACUGCUCUGGCUCAUCGGGAUCUCCAUCGUCACCAACAUUGUCAAGCAGCUGUUCUUCCGAGAUCCUCACAGACCGCCUGUUGUAUGGCAUUGGGUGCCUCUGAUUGGCAGCACAGUGGACUAUGGGCAAGACCCGUACAAGUUCUUCUUCAAAUGCCGAGAAAAGUACGGUGACUUUUUCACAUUUGGGCUGCUUGGAAUGAAAGUCACGGUCUACUUGGGAGCCAAGGGCAACAACUUCAUCUUGAAUGGGAAGUUGAAGGAUCUCAAUGCCGAAGAGGUAUAUGGCCCACUCACAGUGCCGGUCUUCGGUCGUGGUGUGGUAUACGAUGUGGACAACGCGAGGUUUAUGGACCAAAAAAGACUGUUGAAGGAAGGCUUCACAAGUCAGAAUUUGCGAGCAUACGUUCCCCAAUUCGUCAAAGAAACCGAGCAAUACAUCAACACCAACGCCAUCUUCCGGGGCGAGGGCGGAGUAUGCGACAUAUCCACCGUGCUUUCAGAAAUUUCCCUGUAUGCCGCAGCUGGCUCACUGCAGGGAAAGGAAGUCAGGGAUUCUUUCGACUCCUCAUUCGCCACUUAUUACCGCCAUCUCGACGACGGCUUUGCACCCGCCAAUUUCAUGUUUCCAUGGCUUCCCACACCCGUGAACCGGCGGCGAGACCGUGCUCAGAGGAAGAUGGCCAAGCUGUACAUGGACAUCAUUAGACAGCGACGAUCGACUGGGAACCAGGACGGUAGCCACGACAUGCUCUGGGCGUUGAUGGACGGCCGUUACAGAGAUGGCACUCCACUGUCAGACGAAGAGACGGCCAACCUCAUGAUCGCCCUGCUCAUGGGCGGCCAGCACAACACGGCAGCCUCGGGGACGUGGAUCAUGCUCCAUCUCGCUCACCGCCCACAUCUCAUCGAGGAAUUGUACCAGGAACAGCUGAAUGUCCUCGGAGAUCAAACCCCGACGUAUGACACGCUGCAGAAACUCGCGCUGCAUAACAAUGUCAUCAAGGAAACGCUGCGGCUCCACAGCCCGAUCCAUUCCAUCAUGCGCAAGGUCAAGCAACCCAUGCCGAUCCCCGAUACCGACGUCGUCGUCCCCGCAGGCCACAUACUGCUCGCAGCGCCGGGGGUUCCUUCUCGGUGCGAGGAAUUCUUCCCUAACCCUAUGGCGUGGAACCCGCAUCGGUGGGACAAGCCUGACGAGACGGAUGCGGAGGCCCAGACACAGUCACAGCAGAACGAGAAAAGCGACGACAAUGAUACAGUGGAUUACGGAUACGGAGCUGUCUCCUCCAAGGCGGUCAACAGCCCUUACCUGCCCUUCGGCGCAGGUCGACACCGGUGUGUCGGGGAAACUUUUGCGUAUGCGCAGCUGGGGGCUAUCCUUGCGACCAUGGUGAGACUUUUGCGCUGGGGGCAGGUCGAUCCCAGUGCACCGGUGCCAGCGACGGACUAUUCGGUAAGUGACACGAUGCCAGUUAAUGAGCUUCUUGAAGUAGCUGAAGUGUACUCUGUCAUUCAACAAUCGAGGGAGAAUGUUAAUUUGUUACAGUCCAUGUUCUCACGACCAAUGCAUCCCGCUACGAUCAAGUGGCAGCGUCGACAUUGA